CAUCUUAGCCGCUUAAGCAGUAGUGUUAGUGCUGCCGUGAUUAAAUCAUCGCCGCCAAACUGUGCGCUCGCGAAAAACGAAAGUUAGGAAGCACUUCAAUAGUCCACCAGCAUAUGCGGCGGUAGGAACAGUUGAGGCGCGACAGCAGCAGCAGCAGCAAAAAACAGUUAAAUAGCCACCUUGUCGCUGUCAUCCGCAACGCUGCUAGGCAGACAUUGUUGGUUUAGUGUGUGAAUUGGCUAACAGCAGUAUGCUGAUGUGUAUGUAGUAAAGGAUGUGUGUGAUUUUCUAACAUUUCUCUUUCUUUUCGAGAGCAGUGAGAAGUGAGCAAUAAAAGGAUAUUUUUUAAAAUUAUUAUUUGCAAUAAAAAUAAGAAAUUGAAUAAUAAUUUCAAACAAAUAAAAAAAAAUAUAUUAUGAAACUUAAAUUAUAAAAAGAAAUGUGCAAAAUUGUGUGAAUAAUGAAAUGAAAAGUGAAAACAACCAAAACGUAUAAGCAAUAUUAAUAAACGCAACCCACCCAAAGCAACUUGCCAGCGCGAAAUUGUUUUCCAAUUUUUAUCAAACUUUCAAUUCAAGCAGUUAAAGCUUUGUAAAAAUAAAGCACCGCCAGCAAUUAAGUUUUUUCGUCGCUGACACAAACUCACCGUAAACGUGUCAUGAUGAAUUUCUCCGCGUUUGGUGGUCCCUUCUCCGGCAUACAUCAGUUUGCGGCCAAAUUCGGCCACGACACACAAGGUCCACCCGGCGCCUUUGCCACGCCCACCGGCAUCAAUGGCAAUGCCACGACGGGAGUCGCCGAUAAUCAUGUGCAACGCUAUCAGACGAAUGGCAAUCAUUUCAAUCAAAAUAUACCAAAUGUCUCGGCCGCCAAUAAUACAAUGCAAUACGGACAAAAUAUAUCCAUACCAUAUUCGCAGCCGCAAACUGAUUUGAAUUUUCUCAACUCUGCGGAUCAUAAAGGAAAGAUACAUCCGAAAAUCGAACGCGACCGCGAAGAAGUUUUGAAUCAACAAAUUUUACAAAAUGUCAAUCAGUCAUGGCAAACAUUGGCCAAUACUGCCAAUACCGUUGAUUAUUCCUCUCAUUUGCUAUCCGCAACACUGCCAAUCUCAAUACAGCACUUCCUCAAAUAUUCCGAAACAAUAAAGAAGGAAUCCUCAGGUAUUGUCGGCUCACAAAUCAACUCAGGGAAUUUAAAUUUGAGCAAUUUGGAUACAUCACCAUCGGGUUUUAAGGGUGAUGUCCUCAAGAAUGGCACGAAUUUGAGUCUGGCACUCGGCGGUGUCGCACUCGCGCCACCGUCCAAUCAACAAACAAAUGGCGCUACCCAUCACAAUGGUGGCAUUGUGGGCAUGGAUCAUACUGGUCAUAUGACUAAUAUGACAGAUAACACCAAUAAUGGCGCAUCUCUACAUCAGGGCGUUAAUGGCAAUGCACCAAAUCCAAAUGUCAAUGGACAGGCAAAUAAUGGCCAACCCACCACAAAUGGUACGGUUACGAAUGGUAAUGCGGUUACAAGCACUGCACCAGCUGGCACCACGACUACCUCAACCGGUGGUACUACUACGACCACUGGCAAGAAGACCAGAAAGAAGAAGCCACCAAAGGAGAAGAAGCCACGCCCAAAACCGGGUGAGAUUCGUGAGAUUAAAGCUUUGGACGGUUCUACACUCUAUUGCUGCCCCGAAUGUCAGAUGGCUUAUCCGGAUCGUAGUUUAAUCGAACAACAUGUGAUCUCACAUGCCGUGGAGCGACGAUUCGUUUGCGACAUCUGCAAUGCAGCAUUGAAACGUAAAGAUCACUUGACCCGUCACAAGUUGUCGCACAUACCGGAUAGGCCACAUGUUUGCAAUAUUUGUAUGAAGUCAUUCAAGCGUAAGGAGCAAUUAACUUUGCACAUUGUCAUACAUUCCGGAGAGAAGAAACACGUUUGUGUCGAGUGUGGCAAAGGCUUCUACCGCAAAGAUCAUCUGCGCAAGCACACACGAUCGCACAUUGCACGUCGCGUUAAGUCGGAAGUAUCGGCGCAGAAUGUGAAUGGCAGCAGUGGCACCGGAAACACUGCCCAGAACAACACGAUACAAGGCUCCUGAGGUUCGUACAAGGACUUUUGGUAAAUCUUCAGAAAAACUUCAUACGUGCUACGACAUGUUGAAGGCAUCAACUGCCAUGGGCGCGCUUAAUCAAGUUCGCGUCGUAUGUUAGUGGAUGCAAUCAAUGUGUGUGUAGUUUGAAGUUUCUCUGAAUGUUUAUCAAUUGUCCUGCUGAGCCUGACACGAUGUAGAAAGGAGGUGAAAUUCAAGAACAGUAGCAAGAAUGUGAAACAAGUGAUUUUUGAUUCUAUUCUGAUUAAUCAUGAGAAAGUAGUGUUUUUUUUUAUUUUGUGUUAUAAAUGUUUUGAUGAAAGUAUUUGCAAGACACGCAUGUGUCACAUGAAGAAGCAUUCGUGCAAAGAGAUGCGAACGUACACAAUCGCACAAAGCUACAAACCAACGUACAUACAUGUAUAAGGUAAAACAAGGCGUCGCAUUUGCAAAUGAACGCCAAUUAAAACAACAACAACUAGUAAUAACUGAGACCGUUAAAUAGCAAUUUCGAUGUACAAAAUAUUUAUUUAAAUUAUGUAUGAUGUUAGGAAGACAAAAAAAAAAAACUAAACAAAAGCAAAAACAUAUAUAAAUUAACAGAUUAUUUAUGCUGCGGAAAAAGGUAGGAAAUAUAAAAUAAUGUCUUAACGACACGAAUAGCAACUCAUGGUGAAGUACGCGCAAAUAAUUACAGGCAUACAUAUACAUAUAUAUGGCAAAUAUAUGCAUGUAUGCUUAAUUAUAUGCGCAUUUAUAAUAAAUAUAAACUUUAAUAAUUAAGCAACAAAGCGAAAAAAAAACUAAAUUAAUUUUAUAAUAGUGAACAAUUUCAUUUGUUUCAUUUAUUUUUGAGGGUCUGUGAUCUUUUUUGGCUAUAAAAAAUGCAUAAAAUAAGACAGCAAACGAUCGCUAAUAAUAAAUACAUAAAUAAGUGCGAAUGAAUAUAAAAAUGAAGUUGGUAAAAAAUUCUAUUAGCUAGCGGACACACACUUAUACAUAUAUAAGUAGAAAUUAAAACACCGAAGCAAACAUUAUACGUUUUUAUAUGUUGUAAAUUAUAAAAAAAAAAAACGAAAAACAAACACGUGCAAUUUAAUUUAUUGUAUAUUUUUUGUUUUUUUUUUUCAAUUCUGUUGUACCUAAUUUUUGUUCUGUUCAAGUUUUUUCCAUAUUAAUGAAAUAAAAAUUUAUAUUAAAUUAAGUAUUAAGUAAAACAUUAAAAAUAAACAACGUUAAGUAUAAGUAUACAUACAUGCAUUUCAAAAAAACGCAAAUGCAUACAAACUUACAAAAAAAAUUGAUUUGAAAUUUGUAUUAGUAUUGCUACGACAUACACUGUAUGGCACAACACUUAUUCCAUAUAUUCACGUACAUACAUAAAUUGAAUGUAAAUAAACAUAUGUGGUAUCUAUGGUACUUUUAAUGGACAUAUAUACGCGCAUACAAUUGAAGUAUGUAUAUAGAAAUAUUAUAGUUUAGGAUUGAACAGACUAAUUAAAGCAUUAAAAAAAUUUAUAAAUUAUUUUUUUUUGAGCCACACAAUUACAUAUUGACUCAUAUUGUACACAAAUAUGUCCCACAAAAAUAUAAUUUUUCUUAUUUAAUUAUAAUUCCAUCAGUAAUUGUUCAAGACAUUGAGCCAUAUUGCAGGUUUUACCUCGAUAACAGUCAAAAAAAUUAAGCAUUUUAUGACCAGCGCAUGUAACGUCAUCAAACUGACAACUGAACUGAUACAGCGGUAUUAAAUUUGACAUUUCGAACUGACAACUCAAAUACAAGUAGCAUUUACCGCCUCGAUUUAAUUUACCAUUCAAACUGAAAUGCAUUUUGACUUGCCAACCAUUGCAAUAAUAACAAAUACACAACAACUACAAAGCAAGUAUUAACAAAUUUUCAAAUUCAACUAAAUCCAUGCAUACAUAUACAAUAAAUAAAAUACAAAUUUAGAUACAAACUUAUAUAGUUUAAGAUUAAAUAAGCUCUACAAACAUUGCCAUUAAAACAGUUAAGCACAUCAUAUACAUAUAAAUAACCACUGAACAAUAAACAAUAAGAAGCAAAUACAACAAACAAUACUUGAAAUACAAAUUUUGCAGUAAACUUAUAGUUCAAUUCAAGUACAUACAAAACAUAGAAAUAUAAGAUCAACUACAUACAUACAUAUGUAUAACUUAAACAACAAACAAGCAUAUAAAGAUCUAUUUUUUGUAAGUUAGCCAACUAAGCAGUAUUUAUACAUAAAGUAAACAAAAAUAUGAGAAAAUACAAAGAAAUAAUUAAAUAAAAAAUUAUAUAAAUAAAAUCACCAUAAAACAUCACCAAAUUGACGGCGAUUAUUUUUCUACUAACAACAACUACAUAUGUACAUGCAUAGAAUGAAGAAAUGAAAAAAAAUCUUUAAUGUCCAAAUUUUUGACAAGAGUGUGUACUGAGCACAUACGACUAAGUACAUACGUAUAACGUAUAUGUAUAUAUGUAAUGUGUGAACAUCAUGAAUUACAACACACUGCAAAUGUAUGUAAAUAUGAAUAAAUGCAUUUCAAAAUGUCAUAAGUGUUGUUGUAGCCAUUAAUGACUUACACAUCAAACUAUAUAAAUAGUAAUACAUAAGAGACAUACAUACUUACAAAUUUAUGUAUGUACAACAAAAAGCGAAUUAAAGUUCAAACACUUAUUUCAAGUGACAGCAAAGAUUUGUUCAAAUUAAUUGCAUUUGACUCAGCACUCAUAAUUAACUUGUAUUACAAUAAAACAAAACAAAACACAAACACUAACAAAAAGUAAAUGCGGCAAAUAAAUAAAUAUAAAAUAACUUUAUAAUAGCCUACUCCUUACAAAGAGAUAGCAAAAUCAUCACAUGGUCAACAAAUAAUCAAGCACUUACAAUAAAUACAUACAUUUACUUGAUAGAUCGCAAAGUAAUACUGAAUAUAAAUUACAAUUUGUAUAUAAAAUGUAACUAAUCAAAGAAAUAAUAAUAAACAUACGCAUACAUAUAGAUAUUUAAGCGUAGCAUUUUCUCAUUAUCAUAAAUAAUAUUUUCGGUAAAGUGGUAAAACCUUUCAAGCGCUUUCUGACAAAACAAAAAGGAUUCAUAUGAAACCAUGACAUAAUUUUAAAUAUUAUUUUUGUGAAAAUUUCGACGCUAAACCGGUACAUAUACGCUAAAUUUGCAUUACUUACUUUUCAGACAAACAAUCCUUAAUGUGAAAUUUAUAUUAAUUAUAUUCUAUGUAAUAUGUUUAAAAUUAUUAAGCAAAGAAGACUAUAAAACUAAAAAACUACCAUUUGGAAUUAUAGUCUGAACCUCCCUUUAAUUGCAGAUAAAAACAUAAACACAUUAAUAAUAUAAAUAAUAAAAAAUCUCCGAUUUAAAUCGAGUAAAUGCACGAAGACACAUUACGAGUACAUGCGAAAAGUACAAAUUGUGUGGUAAAUUUAAAAAGUCAGCUGAUAAUAUACCUACAUAUACAUAUGUAUAUAAAACCAACAUUAAAAAAGUCAAAAAAAAAAUUUUUAUAAAUUGAUGUAUUGCUGGACCACGAACGUACAUACAUACAAACGCUAAAAUCUUACACGCUAUACUUCAGCUUAAAUGAGUUAGAGUUUAGAAAUAUAACAGAAAUUAAAAUUGCUAGAUGCGUCCAUUAAAGCGUUUGACAAACAAAAUUGCUUUCACUCCAUUAUAAGAAUGCGCUCUCACUGUCAUUUUUCUUUCAAUACAACUUCAAUAGCUGAAUUUUGCUUGAAACUGUUCGUUCAUAAAACUAGAUUCAGCAUAAUAAUCAAGCAAAAUUCGCGAAUACACUAAACCAAGACUCAGCUAAAUAUAUUACUUCUAAAACUAUCAGACAAUCUCAGUGCAACACAGAUGAUUUGGCUUAUAUGCAACGAAUUCUAUUAAUUUCACCACUUUCUGAUGCCGUAACAAAAAACACAAAAAUCAACUAUUUGAAUAUGUUCGUAAAUACAAACGUACGGUGAGUUGCCUAACACCUGAGUUUCACACAAUAACGAAUUAAGCAAUAACCCUAGGACCCUGUUUUCAUAAACACGCUCAUCAAACGGAAUCACAUUUUCAUUUGCACUUGAUGCAUGUGCAUUAAUAUAACGUAAUUAAGACAAAACGUAACCUAAAAGCAAAAUAAAAUUAAUGUAAACAACAACAAAGAAAUUAAAUGAACUCAGGGAUAGAGCCUCCAAAAAAUUUAAUGAAUAAAAGACAUGCAAUAUUUUAGCAGAAAAAAAAAACGAAAAACAAAUAAAAUAAUUACUUAUACGAAAUUUUAAAUUUAACAAAUUUUAACAUGGAUAAAAAUAUAUGUCUAAAAAAGCAUGAAGUAAGCUAAAAAAAAUAAUUAUAAAAACUCAAAGCACAGGAAGAAAAUUUAAAUUGUUUGAUUGAUAUGAAAUUUUAAAUAUCUAGUAAACAGAUAAGAAUUUAAAAGUUUAAAAAUAAAAAACACAACUUAAAACACAUUUGAAAGAGUCAAUAAAAAUAAAAAGCGCGCAAAGUAUGAAUAUGAGGUUAAAACACUUGAAACAAAUUUCACACACAAAAUUUUGCACAAUACUUAUUAAAUAAUUUAUGUAUUCUAACAGUAAAAGUCCAAACAGUUUAAUUGUAAUUGAAUCUCGAAAUGUUUUUGCUUGAAAAAUAUCCAGUUUUUUGUGAUAAAAUACAUACGUAUGUAUGUAUAUAUUCGUAUGUGUACUAUAUGUAUGCAACUCAACCUUUGAGUAUGUAUUUUGCUAAAAAAAAACUAACAAAAAAAGUUGUAAAAGUUUGGCGUUAGGGGCGGCUUAGAGAUGAUUCGGUAGAAUGUUUUAAAUGUUUAUAUAUUUGUUCCUGUUUUGGUGAUUCGUAGCAAUUUACAGAAAAAAAAUCAGAAGUACGUGCAAGCUGAGAUUUAAAAUAUAUAUUCGAUGAUAAAAAUUCUUUAACUACUUGGAACGAAACUUUAUGUUUAAAAAUCGCGCUCUCAUAUACGAAUGUUUUGAUGAAAGCCCCAAAGAGCCAGUUUCAUAGUGAGAUAGCUUUGUAUAAAAAUACAUGAUAUAUUGGCAGCAUUACCGAUAGUAAGCAAAGUAGGUUUCAAUGAUAAGUAUGUACUUCUUGCGGUUUUUCAUUUCAUUUUUAUAUUGUGGAAUUUUAUUUUUUUUUAUACUGUGGAAUUCAUUUGAUUUGAAAAUAAAGGAUGUCCAUUAGUUGCCUUUUAUGACAUUCAGUUUUGGUUUUUGUAUUGUAAUGGACUGAUAUAAUACCUUUAAGAUAAUGUCUAUACACAAUGUGUUAGAAACUUUUCGACUAUACAAUAAAUCUUUAUUUUUUUCGAUAAUAAUUUAGCUCUCUCACUUACUAUGAAGUAGUUGAAAUAAUUUUAAGUUUAAGCAAAAGUAAGGUUAGAAAGUUGUACGUUGGCAAAUUUGAUAACAAUUGGUAUGAAAGAAAAUAUUUUUAUAAACAACCUGAAAAGAGUAGUUUAUUUUUAUAUAUAUAAAGAAGAGUUGAGGCGUAGCGUAUGGUGAGUGGGUCAAGACUUUGAUCAGGUUUUCAAAUAUUAAUAUAUACAUAUAUGUAAUAGUAAGUUGCGAACAAAAGACGACAUGGUAGUACGUAGUAGGAUUAUAUAUAAACUAUUUUUAUGAAGAUAUGGACUGUAAAAUGGAACGAUGCGGAAGAAUGAAAAAUUAAUUAAAAGCUCUCCAUUGGAAAGGGUAGCGAGUAUAUAAAAAGCAUAAAACAUUGUAAAGAAAUGCAUACAUACGAGUACAUACAUAUUGGUUAAAUAAAUCUUAAAGAAAAUAUAAAAAUUAAAUUCACUUUACAGAAGCUGUUUUUCACUUAUUAAAUUAGAAAUGAAAAUUAAAAAAAAAAAAGAAAUUUAAUAUUACAAAAGUUAGUUUACGACAAUGGUGAUAUAGUAUUGGUGUAGCAACAAUUACAUAAUAAAUUCUUCAAUUGGACGAUCAUUCAGAAAACAAGCGGCAACAUUUAUGAAGCGUAGUAAUUACAAGUGAUGAAGAAGCAAGCAGACAUACAUACAUUCAUA